UUUUUAAAAUCCUAGGUAGUAUAAAGAGCGCUAUCGCUCUCCUCCAUUCGUUCAAACCCUAAUACUGUGCGGCGGCGCCAAAGGGAAUUGAUCAAUGGCUAUUAAGCUUUCAAAGGCAGAGAAGAAGGUCGAAUAUGACAAGAAGUUAUGCAGGCUUCUGGAUGAAUACACCAAAGUGCUGAUUGCAGCAGCUGACAAUGUGGGGUCCAACCAGCUCCAGAACAUCCGGAAGGGACUUCGCGGUGACUCCAUAAUUUUGAUGGGGAAGAACACACUCAUCCGCCGUUGCAUCAAGAUUCAUGCUGAGAAGAGCGGAAACAAAGAUUACCUCAACCUGCUCCCUUUGCUUGUGGGAAAUGUUGGAUUGAUUUUUACAAAGGGAGAUUUGAAGGAGGUUAGUGAGGAGGUUGCCAAGUACAAGGUUGGAGCUCCUGCUCGUGUAGGCCUUGUCGCUCCCAUUGAUGUGGUUGUCCCACCUGGCAACACGGGGUUAGACCCCUCACAGACCUCCUUUUUCCAAGUCUUGAAUAUCCCAACCAAGAUUAACAAGGGAACGGUCGAAAUCAUCACGCCGGUUGAGCUGAUCAAGAAAGGCGACAAAGUGGGUUCAUCAGAAGCGGCCCUUCUCUCCAAGCUCGGCAUUCGGCCAUUCUCUUAUGGCCUGAUCAUUCAAUCAGUGUAUGAUAGCGGGUCGGUCUUCAGCCCCGAAGUGCUUGACCUAACGGAGGAUGAUCUGAUUGAGAGGUUUGCAUCCGGCGUUUCCGUGGUCACUUCGCUCUCAUUGGCCUUGUCGUAUCCCACCCUUGCGGCUGCGCCUCAUAUGUUCAUCAAUGCUUAUAAGAAUGUUCUUGCGGUUGCUCUCGCUACAGAAUACAGCUUCCCACAGGCCGAGCAAGUUAAGGAGUAUCUAAAGGAUCCGAGCAAAUUCGCCGUUGCUGCGCCAGUUGCCGCCGCCGAUACCUCAGCUGCUGCUCCUGCUGCAGCAAAGGAAGAGGAGAAGAAGGACGAGCCCGCCGAGGAGUCAGACGAUGAAAUAGGCUUUAGUUUGUUCGACGAAUAAGUUAGGGUUUCUCUAGUUCUUAAGAAAAAGAAUGUUCAAUUGGAUUCUCGCCUCUCUCUUUUUCCCCUUUUAACUUCCCCUUUUAACUUCCGUUCGUUGAUUUCCUUAGCAGCGUUCUUGAGAAAUUUUGACAGUGUUAUCAUCUGAAGUUUGUUAUGAUCUACAGCUGCAUCCAUAUUUGUCGUAACCUUUUGCACCUGCUAUUGGCUUGUCAUUAAUGAAAGUGCAUCUUUAAGAGUUAUUGUA